GCAGCGGUCUGGGAGCCGGGGAAGUUUGGGCCACCGCUCGCAGUGCUGCGCUUCGAAGCCAGGCUCAAGCCCGGAGAACCAGGGGGCGGCGGACCGACUUACGGACGCCCUCGGGCCCGCUGCCACCGUCUCGCGUCCUCUUCUCUGGAAAAGUGUUUAAACUUUAAAAAUGUCAUCCAUCAAGCACCUAGUUUAUGCAGUUAUUCGUUUCUUACGGGAACAAAGUCAGAUGGAUGCUUAUACUUCAGAUGAGCAAGAAAGUUUGGAAGUUGCAAUUCAGUGCUUGGAGACAGUUUUUAAAAUCAGCGCAGAAGAUACACAUCUAGCAGUUUCACAGCCUUUGACAGAAAUGUUCACAAAUUCCUUCUGUAAGAAUGACAUUCUGCCUCUCUCAAACUCCGUGCCUGAAGAUGUGGGAAAAGCUGACCAAUUAAAAGAUGAAGGCAAUAACCACGUGAAAGAAGAAAAUUAUGCUGCUGCAGUGGAUUGUUACACACAGGCGAUAGAAUUGGAUCCAAAUAAUGCAGUUUAUUAUUGUAACAGGGCUGCUGCUCAGAGUAAAUUAGGUCACUACACAGAUGCAGUAAAGGAUUGUGAAAGAGCAAUAGCGAUUGAUUCAAAGUACAGCAAGGCCUAUGGGAGAAUGGGGCUGGCCCUCACUGCCAUGAAUAAAUUUGAAGAAGCAGUUACAAGUUAUCAGAAGGCAUUAGAUCUUGAUCCUGAAAAUGAUUCCUAUAAGUCAAAUCUGAAAAUAGCAGAACAGAAGUUAAGAGAGGUAUCUAGUCCUACAGGAACUGGAUUGAGUUUUGACAUGGCCAGCUUAAUAAAUAAUCCAGCCUUCAUUAGUAUGGCAGCAAGUUUAAUGCAGAAUCCUCAAGUUCAACAGCUAAUGUCAGGAAUGAUGACAAAUGCUAUUGGGGGACCUGCUGCUGGAGUUGGGGGCCUAACUGACCUGUCUAGCCUCAUCCAAGCGGGACAGCAGUUUGCUCAGCAGAUACAGCAGCAGAAUCCUGAACUUAUAGAGCAACUUAGAAAUCACAUCCGGAGCAGGUCAUUCAGCAGCAGUACUGAAGAACAUUCCUGACUUGACCAGGGGCCCUAGCCCAGAAUGCAAAUGGCGAUGGCUCUGAAGCGUCUGCUGUAGAUAGUGGCCAAAACAAAAACAAGCCUAAAAAAUAAAUCUGUCUAGACAAUAGGUUUACCACAAACAGACUUGAACAUAACACGAUUCCUUUGUAAACGAGUGAUCAUCAGUAGCCUUGUUAAGUGCCAGUAUAGCACUUAACUGGACAGGGUUCC